AUGGUAGUCCAUGGUCAAAAUUCGACCGUUGGAGAUUCAAAUUCAAAUGAAAGGGUUACUGAUUCACAACCAAAUAUAUCGAGACAGGUGGAGAACAUUGGUGGUGAUGAAAGAGGUUUAUCUUUAACAAUUCCAGAGGAAGUGGUGGAAAUGAAUAUGCUCUCUGACAUUGAAAAUAGGAUGGUCUUGAAACUGGGAGAUCUACAAUUAUCUCAUAUAGAGAGUAUGGAGAAGGUAAUGGAGGAAGCGAAAUUGAUGUUGAUGCAUUGUUGUAUGUAUGGUGGAGGUUGUGAGGGUAACAAAAUUGUUCUUAAAGAAGUGGUUAUGAAGCAAGUUUUGAAGUAUAAAGAAAGGUUUAGAAAGGAAAAUACGGAGAAGAAUGUGGUUGCAGCUGAAAGGAUUGAUGUGAACUGGAUGAAGGAAUUGGAUUGGAAUCUUAGAGGGUUGAAUGCAUUUGACAAGAUAACAGCUUUGAAGGAGUUGAUAAGGAAUCAGAAAUUGGGAAUUAAUGGUAAUAGUGGGGGUUUGCUUUCAAUUUGGAAUAUAAAUAAGGUGGUGAAGGUGGAGGAGAGAAUUGGGGUUAACAAUGUUACAAUUGGAUUGUGUUCCAAGGUGAAUGGAUCUAAAUGGGCAGUGUGUAAUUUGUAUUCUCCUUGUGGUUAUUCUGAAAGGGAGGGUUUUUGGCAGGAUUCAGAUGUAGUGAGAAGCUGGUGGAGUGGUUCAAUUUGUUUUGCUGGUGAUAUGAAUGUUGUGAGAGGCGAAGAAGAAAGAAAUAGAGGAGAAGGUGAUAAUAUAAAUAAUAGGUUUCUUAAUAAUUUUAUUUUGGAACAUGAAAUGGUUGAUUUACCUUUGGUGGGUGGAGCUUUCACAUGGUCUGAUAUGCAUGAGGAUCCUCUUCUAUGCAGGUUAGACAUAUUUCUUUUGAGCGUAGAUUUUGAUUUAUUGUUCCUUGAUUCAAUUAAAAAUGCCCUUACAAGAGUAGUCUCUGAUCACAAACCUAUUCUUCUGAUGACUAAGCCUAAUAUUAAGAGUAAGCCUUAUUUUAAGUUUGAGAAUGGUUGGCUCUUAUAUAAGGAUUUUUUGAAGAAAGAAUUGAGUAGAUUGGAGUUCGGUGGUGUGAGAGAAGCAAAGAUUGAGAUUACUGAGAAGAUUGAUAUGUUGGAUCAGAUGGAGGAGACACAUAAGCUGACAAAAGAGCAAUUUGAACAUAGAAUUAACAGUUUAUUGAAAUUGAGUAAUAUCAAGGCUAUUGAAGCAAGAAAAUGGCAUGUGAGAGCUAAGCAAAAUGAAUUUAAAUAUGAAGAUUCUAAUACUUCUUAUUUUCAUAGGAUUGCUAGUGCAAGGAGGAAGAGAAAUACUAUAUCCAAAUUGGAAGUUGAGGGUGUUGCUUGUUUUGAUCAAGAAGGAAUUAAGGCAGAAAUGAGAAACUAUUUUGAAUCUCUUUUUUCUGAAAAGAACGAGGUAUCAUUUUCUUUGGAUAAUCUUUAUUUUCCAAGGCUAGAUGAGGAGGAGAAGGGUAAUAUGGAGAAUGAAUUUACAGAAGCUGUAGUUUAUGAUGUUGUGAAGAAAUUUGGUGCUAACAAAUCUCCAGGGCCUGAUGGCUUUUCUAUGGAGUUUUAUAAAGUUUUCUUGCCUAUUAUAAAGGAUGAUUUUAUGAAGUUAAUGAAUGAAUUUUUUAGGUUUGGAUCUUGGGAUUGGAGGGUGAACUGUUCUUUCAUUUCAUUGGUUCCAAAAAAAGAAGAUUCUUGUGCUCCAAAGGACUAUAGGCCUUUGAGUUUGUUAGGGAGUGCAUAUAAGAUUUUGUCAAAGGUGUUGGCUAACAGAUUGAAGACUGUGAUGCACAAAAUGGUUUCUGAUUAUCAAGGGGCUUUCAUAAAAGGGAAACAAAUUUUAGAUGGUGUUUUAAUUGCAAGUGAAUGUGUGGAAAGCAUACUAAAGAUGGAGUUCUUUGAUGAGAAUUUUGCACAAGCAUGGCUUUGGGAGGAAGUGGAUUUCAUGGAUGAGAUGGUGGUGGAAGAUGGUUUAAUGAUCUCUCAUUUGCAAUUUGCAGAUGAUACAUUGUUAUUUAUGGAUGCUAGUGAGGAUGAAAUCAGAAGAUUAUUUCUUGUUCUUAAUUCUUUUGAGAUGUUGACAGGGAUGAAAUUUAAUUUGGAGAAAAGUACACUAAUUAGUGUAGGUUCAGAUGAAGUGGUGGACUCUUUGGAUAUGGAGAUGGGGUGUAAGGUGGAGAAAUUGCCAAUAAAAUACUUGGCAUUACUCAUUGGUGCUUCUGUGAGGUGUUCUACAGUUUGGGAAGAAGUUAUUAAAAGAAUGGAAGUGAAAUUGGCUACUUGGAGAAAGAGAUUUUUAUCAAAAGCUGGGAGAUUGGUUCUAAUUAAAAGUUGUUUAGCUAGUUUUCCAAUUUAUUUUCUUUCUCUUAUUCAUAUGCCAGUUAGUGUAGAGGAGAAGCUGACAAAACUGAUGAGGAAUUUUUUGUGGGAUUCAUCUGAGGAGAAAAGGAAAAUGUGUUGGGUGUCUUCGCCGAAAAUCUGUAAGCCAAAGCAUUUAGGAGAACUGGGAGUGAAGAAUUUAAGAUGUACAAGUAAGGCUUUAAAAGCAAAGUGGAUUUGGAGGUAUGCAAAAGAGAAGAAAGAUUUGUGGAGAAAAACUGUGCAACAUAAGUUUAAGAAUAAUGUGGAUGUUUGUUUACCUACAGAUGAUUACUCUGCUCAAGGAAGAAGUUUUUGGAAGGUUGUUAUGAAUACAACAACUUUCUUAGAAGAUCAUGUGAAGUUUAAGGUUAAAAAUGGGAAGGCAAUGAGGUUUUGGUUGGAUAAUUGGACCAAUGUUGGUACCCCUGAAGUCUAG